AAGCAGUGAAUCGGAAAAAGCACGGUUCCUUCAACUCAUGAUGCAUUUCUUUCUCAAAUGUGAUUGUAAUAGGAUUCCGAGUGGGCGCUGCAAUCCAGUUUGCUUUCCGCUUUGCUUUCUCUAGCUUUGAAUCGGGUGAACUCCUACCUCCGAUACAUAAAGCUUGAAGAGGCGCCAGAGUCAUACGGGAUUGAAACACAAUGGCGGCAGCAUCACUGACAGCUUCUGUUCAAAGUGCGUCCAAGUUGUCCACCGGGUGCAGGAGUCAGACAGCUCGAACCCCUUUGGACAAUGUCUCAUCUGCAUACGUGGGCGCAAGGCUGCCACGCAGCAUUACACGGGGUGCGAGGAGACGAAGCGUAGCCCGACAAGGUGCCGCGGUCGCCGAGCUGCGGUCCAUCAAUGCGAGCGAGGUGCCCGCGUUGAUCGCGGAGGGUUAUAAGGUGAUUGACGUACGGGACGAGAAGCAGUACGAGAAGGCGCACAUCAAGAACAGCGAGCACGUACCGCUGUUCGUUGAGAACACGGCCAUGGACCCCAGCACACUGGUCCUGCGGUUGCUGCAUAACAACUACGUGGGUCUGCUCUACGGAAACGCGUUUACCAAGCCCAACCCCGACUUCAACAGCAAAAUCUCGCAGUACCCCAAGGACCAAAAGCUACUCCUUGUCUGCCAGGAGGGCCUUAGGUCCGGUCAGGCUGCGGACGAUCUAGAAGACAAGGGUUGGGCGGAGGUGGCUUUCAUUGCAAAGGGCCUCAACGACAUCAAGCCGGGUGUCGUGGAGAAGGCGGGGCCGCGGGAGCUGAAGGACGCAGGCAAGGGCGGCAUCUCGCAGUACCAACAGCCCGUCAGCAUCGUCGUGGGCUCCAUUUUGAUCAAUAGCUUUGCGAGAUUGGUCACUCGUCCUCAACGAGUGAUCAGCUUUGAUUGCGGUGCUCCAGUUCUUCCCAGAGCAGGCCGCCCCUUACGUGCAGCAGAUCUUCCAGAACGCCGCUUAGAGAGGACGGGUUGA